UCUCUAUAGAAAAAGUUAAGAAAUCAGAAUACAAUCAUGGCAUCAACAUCAGCAAACAAGAUCAAUCUCAAGAGUAGUGAUGGUGAUAUUUUUGUAAUAGACGAAGCAGUGGCGUUGGAAUCACAAACUAUCAAGCAUAUGAUUGAGGAUAAUUGUGCUGAUGAAACCGGAAUCCCUCUUCCAAAUGUAACAAGCAAGAUUUUGGCCAAGGUGAUUGAGUACUGCAAUAAGCAUGUCGAUGCUGCGAAUUCUGAUGGAAGAUCUGUUGACGAGGACGAAAUCAAGAACUGGGAUGCUGAAUUUGUCAAGGUUGAUCAACAGACACUCUUUGAUCUCAUCUUGGCUGCAAACUACUUGGACAUCAAGAGUCUGUUGGAUCUUACAUGUAAAACUGUGGCGGACAUGAUAAAGGGUAAGACACCGGAGGAGAUUCGCAAGACUUUCAACAUUAAGAAUGACUUCACUAAGGAGGAAGAGGAGGAAAUUCGUCGCGAAAACCAAUGGGCUUUUGAAUGA